GGGUAUUCGAGGUUGCAGCAGGCUGAGGGAGACCGUGGAAGGUAAGCAGGGAGGCAGCAUCAUGGCGGACAGAGACAGUGGCAGUGACCACGGAGGGCUGGCCACAGGCCCCGGCUCGCUGGCCCCAGGCGCGAUGGGCGCCGCUGCAAGACUCCAACACGACACAGAGGAGCUCGCAUCGAAGCGAGUCGACAUCCAGAAUAAGCGCUUCUACCUAGAUGUGAAGCAGAAUGCAAAAGGCCGCUUCCUAAAGAUAGCCGAGGUCGGAGCUGGAGGAAACAAGAGCCGCCUCACUCUCUCUAUGUCAGUAGCAGUGGAGUUCCGCGACUAUCUCGGGGACUUCAUCGAACAUUACGCCCAACUGGGCCCGAGCAACCCGGACAUAGUGCAGGAUGAGCCCCGGCGAGCCCUCAAGAGCGAAUUUCUAGUGCGAGAGAAUCGCAAAUAUUACAUGGAUCUGAAAGAGAACCAGAGGGGGCGGUUCCUCAGGAUCCGUCAAACCGUUAAUCGGGGGCCCGGAUUGGGAAGCGCACAAGGCCAGACAAUCGCGCUUCCAGCGCAGGGACUUAUCGAGUUCCGUGAUGCUUUAGCCAAACUCAUCGAUGAUUACGGUAUGGAUGAGGAUCCAGCCGAACUUCCCGAGGGCACCUCCUUGACUGUUGACAACAAGCGCUUUUUCUUCGACGUGGGUUCCAACAAGUAUGGAGUGUUCAUGCGGGUCAGCGAGGUGAAGCCUACCUACCGGAACUCCAUCACUGUUCCGUGCAAAGUGUGGUCCAAAUUCGGCAACACGUUCUGUAAAUAUGCCGAGGAGAUGAGAAAGAUCCAGGAGCGGAGUAGAGAAAAACGGGCCUCCGAACUCCUACCGGAGGGCCAACAUGGUGACGACGGGGACGAUGAUUGACGGAUUACCCGCUUGAGCAUAAAUAAAUAAAUAACAACAAACAGACUUUAUAAACCGACUUUUACUAUAAAAUAUAAAGAGAGAAUUCCAAGGGAAGCACCCCACACACAACCUUCACAGUCAGAUUGGCAGUACUGUCUCGUCGCUCAUUGCUGGAUAUCACCCUUUUACCAACCAUUUUAACAGUAAGCCGCUGCUAUCAAUAACUGUUUGAACUGUAAAAUAUGAACUGUUUCCUACUUGAUUUAAAUGACAAUGAACAGAGUGUUUAUUCCUCUAACAAACAAACAAACCGAUUUUGCACACGUCCAUGCUAUUUCGAAAAGGUAUCCAAAGUGCAAAUGUAAAAAAUACAAAAUAAAAACCGGGGUAUAAGCCUACAUGGAAAUGACGCCGAUCUCCAUGUGAAGAAACAUUUGACAUCAGCACAAAGAGAAAAUAAAUAUAUACAUUUACCAAACCAAAAUCUGAAACCAGAUGUAGUUUAUUAUUAUAAGGUACGCAGGAAAUAAAAAUGAAAACGCUAUCCAUUUAAUGUGUACCGCAGAACGCAACGCACAGGCUGAAAAAUAGACAUCUGCCAAAAUGCCUACACCUCUUUUUAAAAGGCAUUUGAGAAAGUAUUUUAUUUGAUCGAAAAUGUAGCUAUAACUCGUUUCUAUAAUGUCAUAGGCCUUCAUUAUGGAGUCUUUAUAAAUGAAGAGGAGAGUCUAAAUACUGCGCUUCUAUAUAGGCCUAAAUGGGCUAAAAUCAUCUUUACUAUUGAAUAUCUACCCCUUUGCACCAUGUCCAUUCAAAUUUGGACCAAUGGUUAGAUGAAAAAAGUGCUAACCUAGAUAUACUAAUUAUGAUUUUGUGAAUCAGCUGUAUUUAAAUCCUAAAAUGCCCACGUUUUCUGUGGGCGAGCUUUCUUUUUUUUGGGGGGGGGGGGGUGUAAAAACGAGAUACUCAACCGGUGAUGGGAGCGCGAGACGCGUAAAAAAGACGCAUCAGCGCGCGGCUACAUGCAUGCAGAGCCGCGUGGGCGCAUCCUCUCUGACGUCAGAACAACCUGGUGCCUUAUACACUCCACUCGUUUACGUGUUUCACAUUGGGGUCGAUGUUGAUGAUAUCUCUCUCGACCACUGUAUGUUUUCAUUGAUGAGUACUGUACUGUAGUAUGGCUAUUGGUCAACACUGAUUAGCCAAACCAGAGGCCCUUUUCUGUAGCCUGUCUCCCUCCACAGGUGAGGAGAGCAGAGAAUGGCUUCUAGAACAGCAACAGCAGCAGCACUUCUAAUGUGAGCAUGGAUAGUCAUCAGAGGUAUGGCGUUGAUUCUGUCCACUUCUUGCACCAUGUAAAAUAAGAUGGGUUGUAACUGGACGUGUACAGUAGUCAGUCAGUGGGGAUGAGAUGGAGACGGAUGAUGGAUGGAUGCCCUAAGAGCCCCUUGUGAGGUUUUUGGAUGUAGGCCGAGGCAGUAUCUUUCUAUGGUGCUACAGCCCCAAUAUAAUCCAAACUAGACCGGGCCUGCCAGUCGAAUUUGUCACCUUGCUUUAUUUGAUUUCUCAAUGUUACUCUCCACAUGAUGUUGUCUGAGCAGCAGUCUCCCUCUACACAGUGUGAUGACAGACUGUGAGGACAUUACAUUAUAGUGUGCAAUAUUGUACGUGCCAACCGUGGCAUUGUAUGUCGUAUAGACAAAAAAAAUACAAAUAUAUGUGUUUGAUAUUUGAAAAGCAUGAGGCUGAAUUCUGCAUUAUUAUGGAAAUGUGAAGUCUUUCUCUGCAUUUAAGUGAAAAGAUGUCAAACUAGUGUGUGAGAUUUCCCAUCACUUUCAUAUACAGUAACCCCACUGUGUUUCAGUGAGUGUAGGCAAGUUUCUGGUGUUUCUCGUUCCACAGAUUCGCUACAGAGACAUAGCUACUUCCCCCCUCACAAAUCAGAUAGCUUAUCUCAUCUUCAAGUCAGUGUUAAAGGCACAGUCCUCCCCUUUCUGUGUCUUAUAAUUUAAUUGAAUAGUAUCUUGAAACUUCUGUUUUACUUGGAUAGAAGGAGAAAAAUUAAACAAACAUUACACAAUGUCAACAAAUUGACAUGAUGACAGAGGGGGUUGCCCUGACGAUGAAGUGACCAACCAUUCUGCCUGGGGUGUAGACGAAUCAUUCUGACAGUUAUCCAGCAUCCUUUUUUCUUAGUUCAGCAGUAAACAAUGCCAUAGAGGAUUUCUUUAAGCGAUGAUUAACAAUCAGCUAGCUAGGUUAACCAUCAGUAGCCGGAUUUAGAGUAUCACUGGGUGGCUUGGAUUCGUUUAUUAGAUCUAAACCUACUCUACUGUACUGCCAUCAGACCGGCUGGCAUGAUGUUGAAGACAGACUGAGCAGUAGUAGGUCUGCUAUAAUUCCACCUGCCAUUUGGAUUGGGUUGGAGUUACAUGUGUAAGAACGAGGCCUCGAGAUGCAUGGGUCCCUAUGUGGGGCCGCAUAUAGGGACCCUAUUAUAUGGCCCUUUACUAGGCCUGCAUUAAAGCUACAUUCGGGUUUCUCUCCUCUUCUGGAGAAAAUUAGAUUCCCUAACACUGCCCCAGAAUGUCAGAGAUCCUUUGCAUAGAGUAAAAUCCACAGUUUUAUCUGCUACAUUGUGCCCCACACAUGAAGCACAUUUGAGGCCAGAAUUCAGUCAAUAGGGCACUAAUGCUGUGAAAGACCAAAUGCUAUUUCUACACAGUACAGGCUUGAUUGAAUUCAGGCCUCAAAUGCGAGACAUGAAGACUGGAAAUUCAAUCCACCCUUUUCAACACUCUCUUACCUGCCAAUCCUAGACAUACUAAAUCUAACUCAUUCAGCUCACAUUUUAUGUUUGUAUGGCUCGCUCUGUAAAACGCACACAUUUUUGAAAAAUAUUAAACAGAAGUGAUAAUUGUUUUGUCAGUUCACAAGGUGCUAUUGGGUACGUUCUGGUUCCGGAGUGGAGUGGUUCUGUGUAGUAGAUUCUAGAACACUGCCUAUUAUAAAGGUACAGCACAGUGUUGGGGUCAGAACCAACUGCCACUGUCCAGAGUGGAUGGCUUUACCAUGUUGCUCACAUUGCACAGUUAAUCAAUGGUGCACAAAAUGGACGCCAUGUGUUUUUGUCCGAUAAUCAAAACCUGCAAUGGGUUGAUUGAAACUGUGCAGCAGCAUGGCUAGUUCAGUUCAGUGUAACAUUGGUGGUGGUGAUGGUGCGGUUUGCAUCAGAGAGAGAUGUCUUAGAAUUUAUGACCUAUUAGAGGUGCUUUGUUCUUCAUAUUUGUACUUAACAGUGGGAAUGUGUAUUUUCUGACCAGUGAUCUAAACAACAGCUGCAUGACCAUGGUAACAACCUCUACCAGUCCCUUUGGAGGUUUGGUCUUCUGGAAUCUCUCCCACUAGAAUUCCAAAACAGACUUAACUAACUUCCAUUCAUUCUACCAAGCUGUUUAAAGAUCUGUUCAUCUGAUGUUUGUUUUCUUCAGUUCCACUGAUCUGUUCUAUUGUCACUAUGACGUUUCACUGGGUCUUCAAGUUCAGACCAAUCAUACACAGACAAAGUCUAUAAUAUGGGCAAGGCCAAUCACAAUCUUGUUUGUGAAGCCAACAGUCAUCUUGGCCAUUACUAGCUCAGCACACAUUCUGUUUUGCACAUACCAAUGCAGAGUCCUUCAUGUAUGCAGACUGUAUAGGCUACUGUUAUGUACAGGGAUGAGACAUUGGGAAAAGGGGCUAUAAAAGUCAAUGGGGAGGAAGGGGGUCAAUGCACAAUGAACAUAUCCCAUGUCACCGUAUGGUCUAACUACCCGUUUAUCAACCCUAUAUUAUAUGUUGUACCUUUCAAAAUAUUUUAUCUGUGGUGUGUGUGUGUGUGUAUGUAUAUAUAUAUAUAUAUAUAUGGUUUGUUAAAUAUGAUGAUCCUUUCAGAAAAAUCUAACAUACAGUAUAAACAGGAAAAGCAUAUUGCUGUUUUUUUUCCUUUGUAUUUUAUACUUACAGAAAGCAUUGAAUAAAAUGGAGAAAUACUUGCACUUUAGAUAUAUUAAGAAAAUACAAAAUCUGCAUAUUAUUUUUGAUAGGGAUCUCACAUUCAGAGAGUAUAAAUUACUUUCCAGGCUUCAUGACAUUGCUGGACAGAGAUGUAUCGAGUUCUACUUAUUUAAGUAUAUUUUGUCUGUGUUUAAGAAGGUUUACUAAAGUAAAUUGCAUGAUUAACUAGUGCUACACCAAUAUUGUUAUUUUUUAGUUGGUAGAAAUGUCUGAAAACUGUGAUAACAGUCCACAUGUCCCAUGUAUAACUUCUUCUCAUACAUUCUAGAGCAGUUCUUACUUAUUUAUGGCCUUUCAUGACUACAUGACGAUGGUGCUUAAAUUGGCGUUGAAAAAUCUGCUCAUCCUCCAUCUGGCAUCAUCAUAACUUGCAUCUUACUGUACUUCAUUACUUUGUUUAUGUACUUUCACUACCUUAUUAAAUUUAUGCUGAUGGAAAAAA